AUGGCCAAAAAUUCUCCAAGUUCAUCUACGACAAAUCUUCGUCCAAUUAAUCUUGCUUGGCUUGAUGCACAUGUAUACGAUGAAAAUAACAAACAGCUUUUAGAUGAACUACGUAAAAUUUAUCAGGUGUGUAUGGAAUUUGUAGAAGAAGAUGAAUGUAAAAGAUUUCUUGGACGUGGAAUAGCUGAUCCAAGACGAUUUAUCCUUGUUGUCAGUGGUGCAUUAGGUGAAACACUAGUACCUGAAAUACAUGAGCAUUCAAAUAUUUUAUCGAUCUACGUUUAUUGUUCAUGGAGAGAGAAACAUGAAAAAUGGUCUCGAUGUUACUCGAAAGUCAAGGUCGUUAUUAAACCUGAUGAACUUAUUUCUGGACUGAAAUCAGAUAAAAAAUCUUAUGAAAAUGCAUAA